AUUCCCGACCUUGCGCUUUGGGAGGCCUAACGAGCAUGGCGGGGAGAGGCGGUGCCGGGUGACGUCACAUAGUGGCCAGGCGUUCCAUCGCUCGCGGUCACCGGCUCAUCUUGAAGCCGCCGCAUCGCGCUGCCGCAGCCUCCAAAGAUGGACCGCGUAGAUCGUUGGGCCCGUUCCGCACGUUCCUGCUUGGUGCGGAGCUCGGUGCGGAGGAGCAUGCCUUGGGGGCUGCUGGGCCUCAUGCUGGGCGGCUCUCUGGUGAAGGACUGGGCGCCGCUGCCCGAAUCCUACUUGAGCAACAAGCGCAACCUGCUCAACGUCUAUUUUGUGAAAUUUGCCUGGGCCUGGACGUUAUGGCUGCUGCUGCCUUUCAUCGGUAUCACUAACCACUAUGUCACCCAGAAUGCACUGGCGGUGCUGCGACGACUCACUGCUCUACUGGUCGGCACUGUGGUCUGGUAUGCAUGCACAGGGGUGUUCCUGCACAUCGAGGAUUUCACAGGCAGCUGCUACAAAUCGGCAAGCCUUGAUGUGCUGCACCGGCAACAUCCCAGCAAACUGCAGUGCCUGCAAGCUGGCGGCUUCUGGCACGGUUUUGACAUCUCGGGGCACUCCUUCCUCCUCUCGUAUUGUGCCCUAAUGAUUGUGGAAGAGAUGGCCGUGAUGCACCACUUGGACACCUCCAGGAACCCCCGACUGCACAGGGUAGUCAACUACCUGUUCUUGGCUUUGAGUUGUUUGACGGUGAUCUGGUUGUUCAUGUUUUUGACCACGGCUAUAUAUUUCCAUGACUUCUCUCAAAAGCUUUUUGGCACCUUGGUGGGCCUCUUGGCAUGGUAUGGAACAUACAGGGUCUGGUACCUGUCACCUUUCUCUCCCGGACUUCCUCCCAACAUUGCUAGCUGGAGCUCUCCAAAGCCCAAACGUAGCCUAUAAAAACAGUUUCUUGCGAGUCAGACUGUGUUUGAAGAAUUAUUAAAUAUUUGGUACAAAGUUUUUUUUAAAAAAGAACAAAGCCUAUUUAAAGGAAGGGGGAAAAGACCAAAUAUUUUUGUAUUCUGGCUAGAGGUUGUGGCCUAGUUCCAAAUAGAGAAGGUGCUGUUGGAAUCCCAGUUAAAGGCACCUGGGUCAGCUUUUUUGCUGACCAGUUCAAUAGAAACACUAAUGAUUGAUUCAGGAUAGAGUCCCAUAAGGCUUUUUUUUUUUUUUGGGGGGGGGGGGACUAGUAAGGACAAGCUAGCAGCUCACUGGACAAGCCAAGCACAGGGUUCAACUGAAGACAUUGGCCAAGGGGUCCUCUUGGAUUGGGAUUCUGCCUGCUUUCCACUGAUGUAAGUGGCUAGCUCACUGUUUUCUCCUUCCUCCAGUAACUCCUUUUGACUCUCAAAAAGCCUAUGCUAGGGGUUGGGAUUCUCAUGGAGACCAAAGGCUCUAUGGUAUAGAGGGAGCUAUAUUGAGAAGAAUAAGGUGAGGUGGUCCUUCCCCCCUUUUACUUUUAUACAAAGCUGGUAGAAUCCAACAGCUGAGGGUCUCUCUAAUAAUUGCCAUAGAUAUUCUAGUGUUUCACUCCAGGCUGUCUGUCAGCCAUGCCAAGGUAUCAUGGAACUAUGGAUGGAAUUUGAUACAAAAAUGAGACUUUCUGUUAUGGGAAUAGAGGACCAUCAGCUGAGUCCGUGAUGGUUAAUGCUAAUUACAGAUUAAUAGAACAGAGGUCUGCAAUAUUGUAUUAUGCAUAUUUUGUGGCCAAAACCUGAAAUUCCAGGUUGUCAAAUGUUCUCAGUCUGUUUCAGUCCAAACAUCCAGUCAAACAGCUGUGAAAUUAAUUUCCAAAUUCUUUCUUCAUGCAAAGUGCCUUGCACCAUCCAACCAUGCUGCUAGAUUUUUAGUGCAGUCCUAAACAGAGUUUCACCCUUCUGUAUCCUUUGGAAACAAUGGGAUUAGAAUGACGCAGCUCUUUGUAGGAUUGCGCUGCUGAUUUUUCCGUCUGGUGAGAAUUUCUUGAAUAACUAGAUGCUUGGCCCUGUGGCAAUACAGCUCAGCUUACUGUUACAACAUGCAUUAUAUUGGCAAUCAAAGCUGUCUUUUUCAAAAUAUGGUGUUGGUUGCAAAGUUGCCACAUCUCACUUUCUUCAGUUUUAUUUUCAUCUAUUCAUUACGUGUCCAAACUAGCUGCAUUCAUUGACAGUAGAAAGAAAGCCCUCUGAUUCUUUUUUUUUUUGAUGUUCUUAUUAAUUGAAUUUAUUGAAUGUUACAGAAAUUAAAAUAAUUAACAACAGAAACUCCAAUGUAAUAAUAUUACAUUUUCUACAAAGUUAGGAAAUAUGUCUACGUUAUAUGUCUACAUGAACAUCUGAUAUGAAAGGGUUUUCUUAUUUAUAGUGACUCUCACAACUAGCCUUAGGUUUAAGGAAAAUACAGAAAUUAGCCCACCUCAAGUGAUGUUUAGAUUUGCAGCCUUGAGUGUUGUUUUCAUAACACUAAUUUUUUUAAAAAAUACAUAUUUUUAAUUCUAUAUUAUGUUGUUUGCGCCAGCUUUCUGAUUUGGCUGGUUGUUUUGAAGAUGCUUGUAAAUUUUAAAUAGUAAUGAAUGUGGUCCGUUAAGACACAAAGUUUGCAGGGUCUCGCUAUUCCGGAGAAUCCUUUCAUGCAAGUUACUAACCCUUUUGCAGAUUUUGCGGGAUUACCCAAAAUCUUCCAUCUUCAAUUUAAACAAUCAAGAGGAAUAUUUCAGUACUUGAUUUUAGUAUUUCAUAAACCUCUUGAGGUGGAUUAUUUAUACUUAAACUGACUGCACCCGUAAUCCUAAAUGUGUUUGCUCCAAUUCAAAGCCUACAAUUUCACAGCCUCAAUAAGCACAGUUAGAUAGAAGUUACUUUUGUGGAACUGAUUUCCAAAGCAAUCCAGAGAUGAAUACCUGUCGCAUCCUUUUUCCUAAAAGAAUGUUAAGGCCUGCUCAUCUCCCAGUUUCCUUCUCCAACUUUAAGUGUAACUUAUGGGAAAGAAAUUGUAAAUUGGUAUUACAGAAAUAUAGAACAUCUCAGUGGCUUACAGACCCAGUAGUUACGCUUAUAUCAUUUAUAGCUGUACAGAUGUUACGGUCUAUUUCAUUUAUAUAAAGUGGGAGCAUGCCAGCUGUGUGUCUCAGGAAUGUGAUAUGUCCAAUACACACCAUUGUCUCACACAAACAGGGUGAUUUAUGGCUUUUUCAUGCACGACCCUGAACACUACAAUAUAUAGGUACAGCUUUCAUUCAUGGGGUUCUGGUUUGUGUGAAUGGAAGCUGUACCCACUUGGAAAAUUUGCCUGUUGUCCAGUUUGCAUGAGAUGGCAACCACAUGCAUUGGGAGCAUCAUGCCCCUAAUACAUGAAGAUGGCAGGCUCACAGUUCACAUGAACAGAAUGGAAUGCUUCAGAGAGCUUUUGUCUCAGACAUCUCUCUGAAAUUGCAGUUUAUGCAAAAGUAGUUUAUGCAAAAGCACGAAAUGUAAGAGAUUUUGUAAAUCGAAAAUGCAGUGUCACUGUUUCCUUGCAUGAAAAUCGUUUAAAGCCACCCUUCAUCGUAAAUUUGCCCAUGAACUGGGACUUCACACAAUCACACUUGUGGAAGCAUUUUUGGGGGGCCACCCUGUCCAUAAGACUUGUGUGGCUGUACCAGUGUGCAGCGUGAUUUAGAUGGACAUUUUAGCUCCAGAUCAUUGGUGGGUGAUAAAGAAGUGGUAGAAGAAGUAUUAUAUCUUGCAAGUGGCCUGAAGUAUUAUAUCUUACCAGUUACUAGCAUCUUGCGCAGGGAUGCUUUAAGUAGUUAGCUUACCUUCAUUUAUGCUUCAGUAUUAAUACAUUUUGUGGGGGUUAAAAAAAUCUGCACUGAUGCUCCUUCCCAUCAACAUAACUGAUGUGCCUGUGUUUUCCUGUUUCAAGUAUUUAUGUUGAAUAUGGUACAGUUAGUGGCUUAGUUUGGUUACUCACAGCAAAUGAUGCUGGGUAACUGUAAGACCUUUUACAGCCCAAUCUGGGGGUGGGGGGUGGAACUGGGUUGUGAAAGUGGCAUGGGCCUGCGCCAAUGUGUUUGCCCCCAUCCUCCUGUAUAAGGGACACCUAUGCCCAUGGAGAGAGCAGACAUGCCAGCUUGUGGCCACUGAACAGCUCUGCAGUGCCCAAACCUGGAAGUGCCCGCCACCUGGUUGCUGUGCCAGAGUAGUAGGGGACAGACCGGGGGCAUUCCUGGGGGUGGAGCCAACUAUAGGCAGCUUCCACCAAGGUUUCAGCCCAAGAACGCCCUCCCCCGGCCGCAGACUUACACCAUGAUUUCAUGUUUUCCCCAUGGGAUUUUUCCAGGAGGCUGGGGGGGGGGGGGGUUGUGUUUGCCUUGUACCACUGAAGCCCCUUUGGAGGCUGCUCAGUGCUGUCUUCGCCAUGCCAUCCCCUGCCACUGUGGAGUCUCCCCUGUUCCAGAUUGGGUUGUUAUCAGUAUAUAAAGAAUGGUCCUCUUGCUGUCUGUAUAGCAAAGUCAUUUGGCAUGUGAUGUUUGUCUUUUUUGUUCAAGAUCGCACAAAUUAAGUUUAGUUUUUAAGAGCUAUAAAAUGAGUCUUAGAGUUCUCCUGCAAUCUCGAUUGUUUAUUUGCCAAGGUGUGUUUUAUUUCAGGCAGUAUGACAAUCACAUCCUGAUUCUAAACACCCAUUUUUGCAAAUCAUUCCCUUUGAUGUUGGUAGGAUUUCCUUCCAAAAAAAGAGGAUCAGAGCAGAUUUUUUUUCCAGGUGUAUUCUAUUCUUUUCAAAACGAUUGCUUUUCUGCCUUGACAGUACUCUGAUCUAUCAUUUGUGUUCCAUGGAGCCUCUUCUAUUUUUCUUUAACGUCUGUAGUUUUCUCUGGGCCAGCAGGAUGCCUUCUGGUCCUAUUAGAAUCUUCAGUCUUCAGGGUAAUGCAGAACUUUUAAUGCAGAUUCAUAGAGUAAAUAUAAAAAAAUCCUGGUAUUCUUGCUUUAUUUGUAUCAUCAUUCCCAACUAAGAUGCCUUCCCUCAAUAGAGCCUUAGUAGAAUUAAUGAAGCUACAUGUUUUUUAAAGCAUGUCAUAUGUCUGUUCUGUGAAAAUCUGUGACAGUUCUGCCACUCAUUUUCCAGGAUGUCGGCUGCAUUCUCUUCUUGCACUAUUAUCACUUAUUUGUAUUGUACCUAAAGCCGUUGUGACAACAUUUAUUAGCUUUAGAUAACCUGGCAAUGUUCAAAACAUUCAUGUAACCAUUGCAGUAAUAUUUAAAUAUAGGGCAUCGAUAGGGAAGUUUUGAAUUGGUUUUGUUAGAGGAACCAGCAAAGGAAGAAUAGGGACCAAGAGAACCAGGUGUGUUUGCAGGCAGUCGCGAGCGUGAAUUGCAGCUUACACCUGACAUGUUUGCUUGCAGGGAAUUCCCAUUGAUUUCACUGAAACUUCUGUUACAUCGAAAGUACCGGUAGCCUUUUCCCUCAUCCUAAAACAAUGGUUUUUCACAUUAUACAAUGUAUUUUUACACUAAACAAUGUAUUUCACACUAUACAUAUGGCAGUUUUUGAAAUUCAAGGGCAAUGAAUUUCCUGCCCAGGGUUCUGUUUUCUUUCUUCCUUUGGAGAGAAUAUAGUUUGUACACGAUUUGUAUUACGGAAAUACUAAUGCUGUAACAGAGAAGCCCAACUUGCAUCCUUCUCAACAAAGCACGGUGCUGGAACUGAAACAGAUUUUGUCAAAGAGUGUUUUUUUUAAAAGAGCUGAACGCAUUUGUUGCCAACUUUAUGGGGAGUAUUUUAAAAGGCAGUGAUGCAGAAAGCAAUUGUAAUCAUGACAAUAUUGAAAAGAAUAAUGUUGCCUUUUCUUACUAAAGUUUCAUUUACUGCAAGCUUUUGCUGUUUCCAUUUGUCCUGAAUUACAGGUCUUGUUCUUAUGAGACAUAGGUUUUCAGGGAAAUAAGCCAAAUGCAUUUGCUUUUAAUGCUGAUUGUUUUCUAUACCAGACUCCCAGACACUGUUUUGUAUGUUAUAAUAAGAUUAAAAAAUAUAAUGAAAUGAAAUGUAAAGUCUGGGGAGAUACAAGGUGUCUCGUUUCUACUGAUACUUAUAGACCUCUGUAUGUCAAAUGGAGUGCAAGCGGGUGAAGUUGGAAAGAGCACUGACUAGGAAUAUAUUAAAACUCAAUAGCAAAAGA